AUGGAUCAACAAAGAUUCCUGCAGCAACUGCAGAUUAUUCUGGACCCCUCCCAGGGAAACCUCAAGGAGGCCACCGGUGUCUUGCAGAAGGAGUUCUACAACAAGCCGGAAUCCCUUUUGUUCCUCAUUCAGAUUUGCACAAGCCACGAUGACCAAAAUUUGCGCCAGCUCGCUUCCGUGGAGUCCCGUUCACUCGUCUCCAAGCAUUGGUUGAAGGUACCCGCGGACCAGAAGCCCCAGGUCCGUGAGCAGCUUCUUCGCUCCACCAUGGGCGAGAGUUCAUCUCUCGUUCAGCACUCUAUCGCCCAGAUCAUCUCUGCUAUUGCAAAGAUCGAUCUGAACGAUGGCGAGUGGGCUGACUUGCCCAACCUGCUGUUGCAGGCCGGUAACAGUGGUAACGCCGCUGAGCGUGCCGUGGCUAUCUACAUCCUCUUCACCAUCUUGGACACUCUCGGUGAAGCGCUUGAAGAGAAGUUUCAAGACCUCUUCAACCUCUUCGGCAAGACUAUCCAGGAUCCCGAGAGCGCCGAAGUCCGUAUCAACACUCUCAUGUCCUUGAGCAAGCUUGGUAUGCACCUCGAUUCGGAGGAGGAUGAGGCCCCUGUCAAGGUUUUCCAGGGGAUGGUUCCCGCUAUGGUCGCUGUCCUUAAGGACUCCAUUGAGCGUCAAGAGGAUGAUCACAUCAUGCAGUCCUUCGAGGUCUUCCAGACUUUGCUUGGCUGUGACCCUGCAUUGCUGACCGUGCACCUCAAGGAUCUCGUUAUCCUGAUGAACCAGAUCUCUGCCAACACUGAGGUGGAUGAGGAUGUUCGGACACAGGCCAUCAGCUUCUUGAUGCAGACCAUCCAAUACCGCAAGCUCAAGGUUCAGGGCAUGCGCAUUGGCGAGGAGCUAACCCGCACCGCUCUCCAAAUCGUGACCGAGCUUGGCGACACCGCUCUUGGUGAUGAUGAUAUUUCUCCUGCCCGCUCUGCUCUCGGUCUUUUGGAUAUGUUGUCCCAGGGCCUGCCUCCCAGCCAGGUCGUUGUUCCUUUGCUUAACGCACUAGGUCAAUAUUUCAACAACACCAACCCCGACUACCGUCGUGCUGGUAUCAUGGCCCUUGGCAUGUGUGUUGAGGGUGCUCCCGACUUCCUCAGCUCCCAGAUGAAGGAGAUCUUCCCCAUGGUUCUCCAGCUCUUGGCUGAUCCUGAGCCCAAGGUUCGUCAGGCGUCUUUGCAUACUGUCGCACGCCUGGCUGAGGAUCUCGUUGAGGACCUCAGUACUGAGCACGCUCGCCUCAUGCCCUUGCUCUUCCAGAACCUGGCCAGCGCCAUGCAGGAAUACAAGGGCGAGGAGGAGGGACCUACUCUUGACAUCAUCAAGGCCGGUAUCAGUGCCAUCGACGCUGUCGUUGACGGUCUGGAUGAGAAGGAUGUUUCUCCUUACCAGGCUGAACUCGUGCCCAUCCUGCACAAUCUGUUUAAGCACCCCGACUUCAAGAUCAAGGCCCUCGCUGCCGGCGCUCUUGGCUCCCUCGCCUCUUCUGCUGGCGAUUCCUUCCUCUCGUUCUUCGAUGAGUCCAUGCACCUCCUUCAGGAGUUCGCCACUGUCAAGGACAGCGAAGACGAGCUCGACCUCCGUGCCAGCGUCACUGACUCCAUGGGUGAGAUGGCAGCCGCCGCCGGUCCCGAGCGUUACCAGCCCUAUGUGGAGCCCCUUAUGCGUGCCACCGAGGAAGCUCUGCACCUCGGCCACUCCCGUCUCAAGGAGAGCACCUACAUCUUCUGGGGCGCCAUGGCCAAGGUCUACGGCGAGCACUUCGCUCCUUUCCUUGACGGUGUCGUGAAGGGUCUCUACGACUGCAUCGAGCAGGAGGAGAAUGACCUCGAUGUCGAUCUCGGCAGUGCUGCUAAGGACCUUGUCGGUCAAGAGGUCACUUUCAAUGGUCGUAAGAUUAAGGUCGCGAGCGCUGACGAUGAGGACGAUGGCGAGAUUGAAGACGUCGAUCUCGAAGAUGAAGAUGAUUGGGAUGACAUCACUGCCACCACUCCUCUCUCCCUCGAGAAGGAGAUCGCUGUUGAGGUUAUCGGUGACCUUGUCACUCACACCCGCAGCGCCUUCCUGCCUUACUUCGAGAAGACCAUCGAGCAUGUGAUGCCCCUGUGUGAGCACCCCUAUGAGGGCGUUCGUAAGAGCACUAUCAGCACUCUGCACCGCUCUUACGCCAUGCUCUUCGCUAUCGCUGAGGAGAAUGGUCAGAUGUCGAAAUGGCAGCCUGGUCUUCCUCUUCAGGUCCAGCCUGCCAAGGAGGUCCAAAAGUUUGGUGAGAUCCUCAUGACUGCCACCAUUAAGAUGUGGACCGAGGAAGAUGACCGUUCCACCGUCGCUGAUAUCAACCGCAACAUGGCUGAGAACCUCCGCUUCUGCGGUCCUGCCCUCAUUGCCAAUGAGACCACCCUUCACAAUGUCAUCCAAAUGGUCACUGAUGUCAUUACCAAGCAACACAUCUGUCAGGUGGAGUUCGGCCCUGAGGAGGAAACCCUUGAGGCUGGCGAGGAAACCUCUGAGUUUGACUGGAUUGUCGUCGACACUGCUCUCGAUGUCGUGUCCGGCAUGGCCGCUGCCAUGGGCCAGAGCUUCGCUGAGCUCUGGAAGGUCUUUGAGAAGACCGUCCUUCGCUACGCCGGUAGCUCUGAGGCUCUUGAGCGCGCCACCGCCGUCGGUGUUCUCGCUGAGUGCAUCAACGGCAUGGGUGCGGCCGUGACUCCCUUCACCUUUGGCUUCCUGAAGCUCCUGCUUCACCGUUUGGCCGACGAGGACUCCCAAACCAAGUCCAACGCUGCCUACGCCAUUGGCCGUCUGAUCCAGCACUCCAAUGCUGAGGCCGAGAUCAUCAAGGAAAUCCCCACUAUCCUUACCCGUCUUGAGUCCUGUCUCCAGAUGAACGUUUCCCGUCUUCAGGACAACGCUACUGGGUGUGUUAGCCGCAUGAUCCUGCGUUACCGCGACAAUGUCCCCAUCAAGGAUGUGCUCCCUGCCCUUGUCAACAUUCUUCCCCUGAAGAACGAUUUCGAGGAGAACGAGCCUCUGUACCGCAUGAUCUGCCAGAUGUACAAGUGGGAGGAUGUUACCAUCCGCGAACUCACCCCCAGUCUCCUCCCGGUCUUCCAAUCGGUCCUUACCAGCGACGAAGAUCAGUUGGAGGAUGAGCGUCGGAUCGAGCUCAUUGAGCUUGUCAAGUGGCUCAACCAGAUGCAGCCCGGUGCCGCUCCCUGGGCGGAGCAGCUCUAA